AUGGCCCAUGAACAAAUGGAGGGUUCAAGCACAUUGGAAGAAAAUGGUGCUCAUACACCGGGGCCAGAUGGCUCUCAAAGCACAUUGUCUACCACAAGCGCCAUCGAUCCAGAGACUGGUGAGAUUGAUUGGGAAUGCCCCUGCUUGGCAGAAGUCCUGAAACCGCCAUGCGGCGAGGCAUUUAAGGCGGCGUUCUCCUGUUUUGUGAAGAGUACGGCAGAGCCAAAAGGCGAGGAUUGCUUGUCAUUGUUUGUUGAGAUGAAUCGGUGCCACCUGGCACAUCCCGAAAUAUAUGCCCCACAGGAGGAACCAAGCGAGCAGGAACCUUAG